UCCCUCCCUCCCUGCCGCCAUAUUGGUCACGUGCGCGGAACUGGAUGCCCCCGUCGCCUAGCAACCCGUCGCUAAAGGCCUAGCCGGCCCGGCGCUUUUCCUGAGACGCCAUCAUGAGCGACCAACUGAAAUUCAUCGUUGAGAAGCUCAACAAAGAGCCCUUCAAAAAGAAUUUCAACUUAAUCACUUUUGACUCUCUGGAAUCAACGCAGCUCUUACAGUUGCUGAGCGAUGUUCUGGGCGAGAUUGACCCUAAGCACAUCGUUGACAUUAGAGAAGAAUUGCCAGAACACACAGCGAAGCGGAUGUUGACCCUACUUGGCAUCCUUAAAUACAAACCUCCAGGAGGUACCAGUGACUUGAGCACCUUCCGUCAAGGCUUAGUUACGGGAAGCAAGCCCGUCAUUCACCCGGUCCUCCAUUGGCUCCUCCAGAGGACCACGGAGCUCAAGAAGAGAGCCUACCUGGCCCGCUUCCUGAUCAAGAUCGACGUGCCAACCGAGUUCCUUCAGGACGACACGGUGGCCGAUACCAACAGACAGUACGAAGACCUGAUGGAAGCGUUCAAAAGCUUACAUAAAGAAUCUGAACAGCUCAAAACCUCUGGCUUUUCAACGGCAGAAAUAAGAAGGGAUAUCACCGCCAUGGAAGAGGAGAAAGAUCAGCUGAUGAAGCGAGUGGAACGGCUGAGGAAGCGGGUGGAGACCGUGCAGAGCCAUCAGCGGAUGCUGGAAAUGGCUCGCCAGCUCCGCGUGGAGAAAGAGCGGGAGGAAAACCUCGCCCACCAGAAGCAAGAGCAGAAAAACCAGCUUUUUCACGCAGAGCAGCGACUGCACCGAGUUCAGCUCCAGCUCAAGGAUAUGCGUCAUGCGGCUGUGGAUUCAAAACCAGGAAGCUUAAUGAAGAGCCUUGAAGAAGAGACGAAGUUCAACACUUACUUGGUCUCCGAGAAAUUCCCCCGAGAGCUGGAAACGAAGAAACAGUCGCUGCUUCUCCUGCAGAAAGUGGUAGCCGAGCCAGCCAUGGGCCAGUCGGAUCUCAACGAGCUGGAAGCCAAAAUAAAGGAGGUCAGCGCCCAAAUCAACCAAUUAAUCGAGAAGAGGAUGAUGACAUACGAGCCCAUGACAGCAAAUUUUCCAUUGUACCGGCAACAGGCCUCCAUCAUCUCGCGGAAGAAAACCGCCAAGGCGGAGGAGCUUCAGAGCGCCAAGGAAGAGCUGGCCACCUUGGAGAGGCAAAUGAUCCAGAAGUCGAGCCAGGCUCGGGAGCUGGACGGGACAGAAGUCUUGAAAGGUGACGAGUUCAAGAGGUACGUUAACAAGCUCCGGAGCAAAAACACUCUUUACAAGAAGAAGCGGAUGGAAAUAGCCGAGAUCACGGCCGAGUACGGCAUCCUGCAGCGCACGGAAGAGCUUCUGAAACAGCGGCACGAAGACAUCCAGCAGCAGUUGCAAGCCAUCGAGGACAAGAAAGGCAUCUCGGGCUACAGCUACACCCAGGAGGAGCUGGAGAGGGUGUCGGCUGUCAAGAGCGAAAUGGAUGAAAUGAAAGGCCGAACCCUGGACAGCAUGUCUGACAUGGUGAAAAAACUGAACACUUUGGUAGCCGAUAAAAAGUCAAGCUUGGCCCCCAUCAUCAAAGACCUCCGGCAGCUGCGGCAGAAGUGCCAGGAAUUAACCCAAGAAUGUGAAGAGAAGAAAUCUCAGUACGACAGUUGCGCUGCUGGUUUGGAGAGCAAGCGUUCCUCCCUGGAGCAGGAGGUGAAGAGUCUUCGGGAGGAAUGCUUACAGGAAGAAAGCAACUAUCAUCAGGUCAACUGCAUGAAAAUGAUUUCCGAAGCCCAGCUGCAGCGUGUCAAAGACGAGGUGAAAAUGUAUGUUUCUUCGGAUCAGCAGGAAAGAAAGAAGUCAGUCAGGGAUCAGUAUUCCAAGAUGAUCGCCGAACAAGAAAACCUCGGCAAGAAACUGCGAGAGAAGCAGAAAUCUGUCCGGGAAAGCCACGGCCCCAACCUGAAGCAAGUCAAAAUGUGGCGAGACCUCCAGCUUCUGAUGGAGUGCAAAAGGGAAUGUUUCCUCAAGCAACAGAACCCUGCUUCCGUGGGCCAGGUCAUCCAGGAAGACGGAGAAGACCGCCUGGUCUUGUGAAAGCAAUGUGCCCGACAUCUGGGUCAUCCCGGCAGAGCCAUUCUUGCCCCAGUGAAUGUUGGCCGGGGUUUAGGAGGAUGGUUUUGAGGCAAAUGAGGUGGAGUUCAGCUAAAAAAGUCCUUGUCUCAACUAGAAUAGGGCUGGGGUGGGUGGGCUUCCUUUGUUCCUUUGGGGGGGGGUAACAUCUUUUAUUCUGCUGAUGGACGGACCGGCCUUCCCGAAAACCAGUCGAGGGGUUAAAGCAUUGAGACGUUGGCACAGGUGCAAUUCCGAUCAAACGUAAGAGUCACGCCAGAGAAGCAGGGAGACAGAAAUCAGGACAGCGUUGACAUCUGGGGUUUGUAGAUGCCGUGACACCAAGCCAGGAUCGAGUUCCCACAGGUCCUCCUCAACUCAGGAGCAUCAUUUUCACCACUGGCUCAAUUCCUAAAUUCCUUUUUCACAAUUCCAGCGACCAAGUUGAGGAAGGACUUUGGCAUAUAUAUUUUUUGGGGAAAGCGGGAGAAAAAUGCACAAACUUGAAGGAUGUAGCAGACCCAGCUUCCUGUAGCCCACCGAUGUGUAAACCCUGAGGAGGUCCUUGGUUCUCCUCGUAGUUGUCCCCCCCCCGGUGGUCCCACCUGUUAAAAGUCCAAAACGCAAGAGACACAAUUUCCUUAAUUCUCCUGGACUCCAAAGCAAAGCCAUCGAAUCUGAAAUUCCUCGGCCUUCUCUCAUUCGCUUGGCUUUUAUUGAGUCCGCUUCCGAAUGUGUGUUUUUGUGUUGAAUUUUUUUGUUUGGAAAGAUUCCCUUCUCGCGGUUAUUACGUCGUCGCUGGCUUCCUGGUGGCCUUCGGCCCACGUGGCUUGUCUCUCUCUCUCUCUCCAAACUGGCUGGUCCUUGUUCGUCCUUUGCCUCGAAAGACAAUAAAGUUAUUUGUAGCAUCUCUCUCUCUU